CCACACCGAGCUAGACAAGGGGAAAAACAAGGAAGAGCUCACAAGCAGGCAGGUCGGUGUGUAUGUUCACUUCCCCAGAGUGUGCCUUGGAGACGACAAAAAAAGAGGAGUUUACCCAGGUGGUGGGUUUCUCAACGCGGAUAUGGAUGUCCCAGAUUCUCCAAACUGGAAUAUGGGGCUGUUAAGGACCUUUGAUUCUUCUGAAUUUGGCAGCUGGGAGAAAAUUGGCUCAGGUGGAUUUGGACAAGUAUACAAAGUCCGGCAUGUUCAGUGGAAAACAUGGCUGGCUAUCAAGUGCCCUCCCUGCCUUCAUGUGGAUGACAAGGAGCGUUCAGAGCUGCUGGAAGAGGCUAAGAAGAUGGAGGCAGCCAAGUUCCGAUAUAUCCUUCCUGUGUACGGGAUCUGUGAGGACCCCCAGGGCCUCGUCAUGGAGUACAUGGAGACCGGAUCCCUGGAGACCCUGCUGGCCAAUGAGCUGCUGCCCUGGGAGCUCCGCUUCCGCAUCAUCCACGAGACUGCGGUGGGAAUGAACUUCCUCCACUGCAUGAACCCGCCGUUGCUCCAUCUGGACCUGAAGCCCGCCAACAUCCUGCUGGAUGCUCACUAUCAUGUCAAGAUAUCUGAUUUUGGCUUGGCCCGGUGGAACGGCCUGUCACGGGCUGAUGACAUCAGUAGAGAUGGCUUCUGCGGCACUAUUGCCUACCUGCCGCCUGAGAGUAUCAUAGAGAAGGACAGAGUGUCGGACACCAAGCAUGAUGUAUACAGUUUUUCCAUUGUCAUCUGGGGGAUUCUCACCCAGAAGAAACCUUACCAAGGAGAGAAUAAUAUCCUACAGAUCAUGGUGAAAGUGGUUAAGGGGGUGCGUCCAGACUUGGGUGCAGUGCCACGCUGUCGACCUUCAGCCUGUACAGGUUUACUGAGCCUCAUGCAGCGUUGCUGGGCCACAAACCCUGAAGCCAGACCCAGCUUCCAAGAAAUCACAUCUGAAGCUGAGGAGCUCUGCUCUAAACCUCAGGAGGAACCCAGGACCCCAACCUUAUCUAUGUCAGAGCCAGAGCCAACGUCCCCUAACGCACUCACUAGUGACCAGGUUAAAGACAACAAGCCAGUGCGUCCAAAGUCUGCUAUGUUGCCAGAAAAAGAUUACAGCCUAUCAGAGCUACUGAGCCAGGUGGAUUCUGGGAUCUCUAGGAGCUUUGAUCGAGUGAAGGAAGAUAGCUGCCACAGCAAAGACAACACUUGCAAGCGACUGUCUGGCAUCUCCUCUGCAGAUUCAGCCUUCUCCUCCCAAGACUCCAUCACACUGUCUUUUGAGAGAGAAAGCACAUGUGAUUCUGCUGAGGUCCAGAAGAGGAAGCUAUGUGACGCCAUCAGGACAAAAGACACUGCCAAGCUGAUGAAGAUCCUCCAACCUCAGGAUGUCGACCUUCUCCUCGACGGGGGAGGCAGUCUGCUCCACCACGCCAUCACCUUGAACAACGAAGAGGCCGUCAAGUUCCUCCUCAUGAACAAUGCCAAUCCCAACCUUGCCAAUGCCCGUGGCUCCACACCCCUCCACCUGGCCACAGAGAAGCACCUUAAGCCCCUGGCAGAACUUCUUCUCGGUCGGCGCAGCACCAGCAUCAACGCCAAAGAUGAGGACCAAUACACAGCUUUGCACUGGGCUGCCCAGAAUGGGGACGAGGCAAUCACUCGCCUUCUGCUGGACCGGGGGGCGGCCAUCAAUGAAACUGACGGCCAGGGACGGACACCGGCUCAUGUUGCCUGCCAGCACGGUCAGGAGAAUGUUAUCCGAGUGCUGCUGAGCCGCGGUGCUGAUGUUCGAAUCAAGGGCAAGGACAACUGGACGGCGCUCCACUUUGCUGCCUGGCAAGGGCAUCUGGGCAUCGUCAAGCUGCUGGUCAAGCAGGCCGUUGCUGAUGUGAAUGGGCAGACAACAGAUGGACGCACACCACUACAUCUGGCAUCCCAGAGGGGGCAGUACCGAGUGGCCCGGAUCCUGAUUGAACUAGGAGCAGACAUUCACACAACGACUGCUGGGUUAAACACACCAUUACACGUGGCAGCAGAGACGGGUCACACCAGCACCUCUCGCCUCUUGAUCAAACACAAGGCGGAUAUCCACGCCCAGAACGCCCAUGGACUCACUCCCCUUCACUUAGCCUCCCAACGAGGCCACCUGGCUACUGUCAAGAUGUUGAUAGAAGAGGGGGCUGACCCCUACAGAGCCACCCACACCCUUCGCACCCCCUGCCACCUGGCAGCAGAGAGCGGACACUGUGAAGUCCUGAAAGAGCUUGCUCCUUCAUGUCCAGAUGGUGGCGCUCUGUCAGAUGAGCAAGGGCUUAGCCCAUUACACCUGGCAGUGCAGGGUGGAUACUCAAACAUCAUCACUAUGCUUGUGCCACAGGACUGCCAGGACUUAGUUACUGAGAGCUCAGUGCAACCAGUAGCUGAACAGCCCACUGGACAGCCCGCUCCACCAGAGGUCAAGCAGCUCCAGAGGAAGGUCGUCAUUCUCAAACUGACUGAGUGCAAUGACAAAGACUGCCCACAAUCUACCAGCUCACAGUGUGCCUCAGCACCCUGCUAACAAGAGCAAAGACACUCUCAAAACUGUACAGAACUGUCUUCCAUGUCAUUUUUUAUACUCCACUGGUGCCUCAGAGUUGAGGAGGGGAUUGUCAUUCCAAUCUUGAGAGUUGUUCAGACUUAGAAGCCCUUUCAGCACUGAUGGUAUUUUAUAAUGGUUAGAGAAGCUUUAAUGUAAAUAUGUAAACUGUAAAUAGAAAGUAUAAAUACUGUGUUUGAAUUUAGAAUUUUGUUUACUUUUUUAUUCAACUUUUUUAUGUAACAAGCACAUUUUGUGUAUCAGAAUUAUGAUUAGGAAACCCGUGACCUUAGGGCGGCUUUUAAUAUACUGCACUGCAGCAGUGUCCCUGUGAGUUAUGUCUAAUAGAACACAACUUGUCACAAGCCUCAUUAAGUGAAUGGUGUAGAUCAUCACAGCCACUGUAUUUAAAAAAAAAAAACAAAAAAACAAAAAAAAAACGUUGAUCCUCAGUGUUCUUUGCCUGUUACAUAUCAGUGCUUCAUCAUCCAUUAAAACAUUAAAACCUUUUAUUUUGACCUCUUUCUUUUUUUCACAUUUAGAGCUUAAAGACUUGAUAAAACUACCCACCCUCAGUUUACAGCCAUUUUAAAAAUGGCAUAAAACUUCAUGAAGUUAAUUCACAAUGUACAUAAUUUACAGGUUAAUGUUCAGAGAAGAUCAUUUUAUCACAAUGCUUAUUUGUUUAAAGGCUUAUUUAGUCAGAUAUGAAACUUUUUUGAUGCAAAUAUGGUUUUACAAUUUUACUCCAUUCUUACUUAAAGUAUACCAGUUUCAAAUUCUGUUUUGUUUUGUUUUUUUCAAUCCAAUUUGGUCUCUGAAUGGAAACAAACCCUUGGAGACAUUCAAGACAUUUUAAAAUGUCAGUUCAAUCCUGAAAACUGAGAGCCAAAUCAUAAAAAUCCUGAAUUUGUGUACUCUUUUCUUCUUAUCAUAUUUUUUACUGAUAAGAAGUACUGGUUGUCCAAUGUAAGCAGAAGUAUGUUUUGAAAACUUUGUUUCAAAACCUUGUGUUACAACAGGCUUGUUGGCAAAAAUGUUUCUUGCCACUACUCCACCUGCACAUGUGCAGGAAUUACCUGCCUUGAUGUUGGGCAGACUUGGCAUGUCUGCAUCUGCAGCUUUACCUGUAGUGUUAUUACCUUUAUGUCUCCACUACAGACCCCACAGAGCAUGCUCAGGUUGGCACAGACCAUGGGAACAGCACCCGAGGGGGAUCACAGGCUGUAAGAUGAUGGAUGAGUGAGAAGGGGUGCUGAUGUUCUACCUGCAAUUCCAGCCUGUUGGCUAAUUUCCUCCGACCACUUUAACUUUUCAUCACUCACUAAAACCAACAUGCCAUCUCUGACGCCUCAAGGGCUCGGCUUUUCGUAACCCGAGAAACUGAAUGCAGGUGGCUGGUGCUUGUAAUUGUCCUGUUUUUAUAGCUAGUGUUUGCAGAGACCCAGAAAAUGACUGGUGAAAUGUGUGUAAUCUGAGGCCUGUUUUUGUGUACACAGUGCUCUGUCCUGCCUGUUGCCUGGUGAUCUGUCUCAGCUCCACUUAUGGGGAAGAUAAUGAGCUCUUGUUUCCCAGUCUCAGCCUAUAUCUUGUCAAGCCUGCCAUUAUGUUUAAUAGACUGAUAGGUUAGGUUGGUGUUGUACAGUAAAUCGCAGGUUUUUUUCUCUCUUCUCUACAGUUCUCUCUGCCAUUGACUGCAACAUGCCACGUAGCCUCUCUAAUCAGUAAUUUGAAGCGCCUGUUGUCAAUCAACAAAAAAAUAUAUAGAUUUAUAGAUCAAAUAAAAUCUCUGCAACCUGUCUUGACAGUACAAAUAGGCUUAUUCCAGAGAUUAAUCCAUAUUUGACAAAGAUUUGUAUACUUUCAAAAUGUUGAAAUUGAAACUGAAAUCUAUUUUGCUCUGUGAAUAAUUACGGUACACAAACAGAAGAUAACCUAACAAGAAAUAAAGAAAAAAUAUUUCUACAGACCAAAAACUUGCUGAAGCUACAGUGGACACCUACCCUUUUUACAUUUGUCCAAAAUAUGUUACCACAGCUGUUCCAUAAAUUCACCCAUUAACAUAAAUACAUUUUUUAUUUACAUUCGUCCUUCCCUUUAAAAAAACAUGUAUAUUUCCUUUCAUAUCAUGCUGCAUCUCCCUCAUUUUAAACAACUUUUGGAUAUUUUCAAGGAGUUUUGAAGCUUGAUUCAAUAAGUCAGUAAUUUUAUACAGUAUUGCAAUAAUUUCUGACAUUUCUGUUUUGGCAUAUUCUAUAUGUGGUUUCCAGCAUAACAUCUUAUCUAUAAUUGCCUCCAAAAACUUGGAUCAGACCCUCUUUGAACUUCCACAUCGCUUAUUAUAAGUUUGUGUAAAUUUGUUACAGGGCUGUCAAAGAUGAUGAGUUUCAUUUAGCUUCAGAAACAAAGCCAUCUCUUUAGAAAUUUCAAAUGUUUUUACAGUAUCCAAAAAUUGUUUCAAAUCCUCGCUGGAAUAAAAUACAUUAAAAAUUAAUAACAUUAA